CAUAAAGAAAAAAAAAGAAAACUGGGGACAGGACUUUACUGUGGACAGUAGAAAGUCAGUGAAGAAUAAGUUCAACAACUGGGGACACACCUGCCUGCGGCUGUUAGAUCUGAGGUUUCACAAAAGAAGUCCUGAUUCCCUGACGUUGACAUUUCUAUUCAGCCUUAUCAUUAUCCAACGGUCCCACCAGGUGGUCCUCAGUCGUUCCCUGCAUUUGGGCUAUGAUUGUGUGAUAUCAACAGUCGCUGUCAGCCUGUCACACGGGUUGGCAUUUUUUUGAUCAGUGUUGAAGGACAUUCCCUUUGCAAUGGCCUCUGUGAGGCUGUUGGUGCUGUGUCUAUUCAGUGUGUCUCUGGUUGGGUCUCAGCCCACCCAGAGUUCACAACAGGUGUCAAGUCCUCCUCAUCCUGCAGGAGAACAAUCUCCUUUGGAUCCCAGUAAUCUAUCCUUCCCCUGGAGUCGCCUUCGCUUGCCAAGGUACAUCAUUCCUCUUCACUACCACCUCUUCCUGCACCCCAACCUCACAAGUCUCAGCUUCAGUGGCUCAGUGCAAAUCCAGAUUGAUGUCCAAAACAAUACAAACUGGGUUGUAUUACACAGCAAGGGUCUACAGAUCUCCAAGGCCACAAUUUUAGACCAGAAUCUCGCCCAUCUGUCUGAGCAGGUUCUUCCAGUUCUUCAUAACCCUUCCCAUGAGCAGAUAGGCAUUUUCUCUCCUAGGGUGCUCAGCAGUGGACAGAAAUAUUUCCUGUAUAUUGAGUUUGGGGCAGAGCUUGUGGAAGGUUUCUAUGGCUUCUACAAAAGCACCUACAGAACGAGUGAAGGAGAGACCAGAACCUUAGCUUCAACUCACUUCGAGCCCACAAGUGCUCGAAUGGCGUUCCCUUGUUUCGAUGAGCCGAACUUCAAAGCCAAUUUCUCCGUUCGGAUCAGGAGGAGUCCUGAGUACAUUUCUCUGUCCAACAUGCCUGUUGUCAAAACAGUUGAAGUAAAUGGCGGCUUGCUUGAGGACCAGUUUGCUGAAAGUGUAAAGAUGAGCACGUACCUCGUAGCGUUUGUCAUCUGUGACUUCAAGUCUGUCACUGCAACAACAUCCUCUGGGGUGCAGGUGUCCAUCUAUGCUGCCCCUGAGAAGUGGCAACAAACCCACUACGCCCUGGAGGUUGCUGUCAAAAUGCUGGACUUCUACGAGGAGUAUUUCAACAUCCGCUAUCCUUUGCCCAAACAAGAUCUAAUUGCUAUCCCAGACUUCCAGUCAGGUGCGAUGGAGAACUGGGGUCUGACCACCUACAGAGAGACAAGCCUUCUCUUUGACCCCCUCACAUCCUCUGUUUCUGAUAAACUCUGGGUUACCAUGGUGAUUGGCCAUGAGCUCGCCCAUCAGUGGUUUGGAAAUCUGGUGACCAUGGAGUGGUGGAACGACAUCUGGCUGAAUGAAGGUUUUGCCAGAUACAUGGAGUACAUUUCAGUGGAAGCCACCUACCCUGACCUCAAAGUGGAGGAAUAUCUACUGCACACCUGUUUUGCAGCAGUUGGUUAUGAUUCAUUGAACUCCUCUCGGCCUAUAUCCAGCCCAGCAGAGAACCCCACUCAGAUCAAAGAGAUGUUUGAUACAGUCUCCUAUGACAAAGGAGCAUGCGUUCUGCACAUGCUGCGACACUUUUUGACAGAUGAGGUGUUCCAGAGUGGGAUAGUUCGAUACCUCCGCAAGUACAGCUACAGAAAUGCACACAAUCAGGACCUGUGGGACAGUCUAGCCAAUACAUGCUCAGAGGAGGACUUCAUCUCAGGAAAACACUGUUACAACAGUGGCCAGGCCGCCAAGAAUGCAUACCUGUUCGCAGGAGAACAUCUGGACCUGACAGCCAUGAUGAACACUUGGACUCUGCAGAAAGGUAUUCCUCUGGUGACUGUAACGAGGAAGGGGCCUCGUCUGCUGCUCAGACAGGACAGGUUCCUGAGGACUGUGAUGCCUUCUGACCCUCUGUGGUCCACGUUGCAACAGGGUUUCCUUUGGCAUAUCCCCCUGACAUACAAGACAGACGUCUCCGGCACCAUCCACAGACACCUGAUGACAUCGCCCACAGACAGCAUACACAUAGGAGAGGAAGCCAGCUGGGUAAAGGUAAACACUGACAUGACAGGCUUGUAUGUGGUUCAUUACGAGGACGGUGGUUGGGAUGUGAUGGCCAAACUACUGAGGGAAAACCACACCGCUCUGAGCUACAAAGACAGGACGCAGUUGAUACACAACGCCUUUCAAUUGGUCACAGCAGGCCAUCUGCCGCUUAAUAAAGCCUUAGACCUGAUUGGUUAUCUGAAGCAAGAGACACACACAGAGCCUCUUCUCCAAGGACUGGGCUAUCUGGAAGCCUUCUACCAUAUAAUUGAGAAAAGGGAUGAGCUUAAUUUAACACAAAACCUGGGGAUGUACAUCCUGCAAUUUUUCCGUGCCGUCAUUGACCAGCAGACAUGGAGCGACAGUGGCUCUGUGUCAGAGCGACGGCUGAGGUCAGAGGUCCUGUUGCUGGCUUGUCACCUGGAUUACCCCCCUUGUCUGGAGCGAGCACGUCAACGCUUCAAAGACUGGCUUCAGUCCAACGGAACUCUCAACCCGCCCACUGAUGUUGUAGAGACGGUGUUUUCAGUUGGAGCUCAGGAUGACAAUGGUUGGGCCUCGCUCUUAAACACAUAUAAGAUUUCCCUGUCAGAAGCACAAAAACACAAGAUCCUGUUUGCCCUCACCAGCAGCAGAGACACUAACAAACUGCAAAGACUGCUUGAUCUGGGUCUGGAGGGGAAGGUGAUUCGAUCGCAGGACCUGUCCCAUCUCGUCCUCAUGGUGGCCAGGAAUCCACGGGGAUGUAACCUUGCAUGGAGCUUUGUCAAAAAGAACUGGGACACACUGGUUCAAAAGUUCCAGUUGGGCUCAUUUUGUAUUAGAAACAUCAUCAUUGGCACCACGGGCCAGUUUUCAUCUCAAGAGGAACUCAAAGACGUGCAGCUCUUCUUUGAGUCCAUCAAAGAGCAGGCUUCUCAGCUGAGAGCCACUCAGAUGGCUCUGGACAAUGUGCACAAAAAUGUCCGUUGGGUUCAGAGGAACCUCGACACCCUGAGAAACUGGCUGAAUGAGCAGAUGCAGUGAAGACAGCAGAGAGAGAGGUGGUGGUUGCCAGCAUAGCCCAGAAGGGAUAUUUGAAUGUUUUUUUUUUUUUUAAUUUGUAUGUGUGCUUCUUUUUGGAAAUUUAAUGCAACACAUCAGCAAAGAGAUGACAGUUUUAUAUUUGAGAAAUUGUAAUUUUUUGGGAGGGUUAUGUGUUGGAGACGUGCGUGUAACAUGGAUAUUGUGUUGUCUUGUGUGUGUGUGAGUGAGUGUGAGAGACAGAGGGAUCCAUUCCAAAGUGGCACACAAAUGCUGUGUAAAUGGACUCUUUACCAAAUGGACAAUAAAAGGGUUCAUUCGUUGUACCUCUGG